AUGGAAAAAUUGAAACGCGAAUUAGAACUGAUAAAUCGCGAUUCAAUAGAAAUAGAAUCUAGCUUAAACCUCCAAAUUGAUGAACAACAAGAAACAAUUAACAGUCUAAAAAAUCUGAUAAAAACACUACAGAAACAAAAAGACGAGAUAGAGGUAAAUGCAGACAAGAACACAUGUUCAAUUAUCCCUAUGACUCAUACUGAUAAGUCUACAAAAACAGAAUACGGGACAGAUAAUAUUCAGCGCCCCAGGGGCGUAGUUAAAGGAAUAAUGACAGACAUUGAAGGAAAUAAAAUUGACUGCUCAGUUCAGACAACUGAGAUUGAUGAUUCUGAGGCCAAGCAAGAACGAGAAGCAGUCGGACAUGAGUCAAUAAAAUCCAAAAAAUUUAAAGGAAAUACUAACGACGUGAAACAACAAAGAAAUAAAAAUGUAAGGGAAUAUUUUGUAAAAAAACUAAGAGAUUCUGUGAAACGUAAUAAAUCUUCUCAAAAUCACUGGAAAGUCGAGAAUAUUGCAAUGAAUUCAGUAAUAGCAAAAACAUCAGAUGAUAAUAAUUCUCGAACUAGAACAUCGAAUAUUAUUCAUUUAUCAACGGAAAUCAAUGAAAAUAUAUCCGAAAGUGAUGAACUCAUCCUAAAUGGAAGUAAUCCGCAAGAAAAUGACACAGGAAAUACUACUGAUGAACAUGAAAUUUACAUACCACUUCAGAAACCAGUUAAUUCUGGAAAUGACCUACCAGUUGAGACGAAACAUCAGGAAGCACAAGAUGAAACAAAAUUGGACCAUAUUCUCGUUCUUGGUGAUGAAUAUGCUAACGGUUUUUCACCAGUUUUAGAUAGAUUUAUUGGUCAAGCAAUAGGGGCCAGGCAGGCCCUAGCAUCUCGACUAACGGCGGGGGCUGGAACUAUACGACGUGACAGCGUGGCGAGAAGAGAGAGGGACUACGAGAGUAACAGUCUUGGCAUGGCGUUCGAUUUGAACACAUUGUUUGAACAUAUUGAUGCCAUUUUAAUAUACCAAGGAGACCUACUGAAAUUCGCCGAAAACCUUUUCCAAACUCACCUACAGCUCACUAUCAAAAAAAGCGAAAUAGACAAUGCCUACCUCAUUUCACAGAGCCAAGAGAAACCAAGAGUCAUAGCUGUGAGAUUUGACUCUUUCCUUAUAAAAAUACAAGUUUUGAAAAACUGUCAUCUUCUCAAAAAAACAUCCAUAGUGAUAGCCGAGGACCUUGGACUGGAAGACAGACAAGAAAAAAAAUUGCUCAUUCAACGAAUGAGAAAGGAGAAAGAAAACAACCAAAAAGCACACAUAAAGGGCGGAAAACUAUUCAUAAAUAGUGUAGGUGACACCUACAAGGAGUUGCUAGAAGAGAAAAACAAGAAAUCUGAAGGGGAAAAUUGGUCAGAAAAUCAACAAUCCAGCAACAGUACUUGCACAGGAAAUAGAAAAGCAGAUUCCCAGGAGAAACGAAAAAAAAGAGAAGAACCAAGAACCAUCGCGUCAAACAAGAGCACGAACAAACUCUACGAAAUAAUAAUAACAUAA